AUGGGCGCUACAGAAGAAGCUCCAUUAAAAGCAGAUAUUCAAACCGUUUUCCGGAAACUUCGCGCUUUACCAUGCAAUAAAGAAUGUUUCGAUUGUGGUGCUCGUAAUCCUUCGUGGGCAUCAGUAACUUACGGCAUUUACAUAUGUAUCGAUUGCUCGGCGGUGCAUCGCAAUUUAGGCGUUCACAUCAGUUUUGUACGAUCAACUACUUUGGACACUAAAUGGACAUGGUUACAACUGCGUGCUAUGCAAGUUGGUGGAAAUGCUAAAGCGAACAAUUUUUUCAAGCAUCAUGGAUGUAAUACAAAUGACGCUCAACAGAAAUAUAACAGCAAGGCUUCAAAUUUAUAUAGAGAAAAAUUAGCUUCGUUAGCAAUGGAAGCACACCGACAAUAUGGUACUUCUUUGAUGAUGGACAGUAGUGAUUUGAUAGCAGAUGAAGGAUUUGAAGAGAAAAACACAAAGGAUGAAGUUGAUUUUUUUUCUCAAGACUUUCUUGUUCAUCAGAGCAAUUCUUCAUGUUCUAUAAGUCAGGACGCGUUCAUUAGUGAUGACAAUGAAGCAUUAUUAGAACCGAAUAUUGAAGCAUUAUUAUUGAGUGAUACACCUCGUGAACAAAAUGUUCCAUUGAAAUCAAAAAUUGCGAGCAAAAAAAUUACAGUGAAGAAAUCAGGACUUGGUGCUAGGAAAGGAAUGGGUGCACAUCGCAUAACUGCAAAUUUUGGUGAAAUUGAACAGAAAGCAUCUGAUAACUUGAAAGAGAAGGAAACAUUGGAAAGUUCCAUUAUGAAAGAUGACGGAAAUGAUGAUAUUGAUUCCGAUGGGUCAAAAACGAUUUCUAGUCGGUUUCUGAUGCAAGAAUUAGAAAAAAAGGCUAAACAGAAAGCAAGUAAUGUAGAUCAGAAUAAAGCAGACGUAGUAGAUCGUCUUGGUAUGGGCAGUUGUGGCGUCAUUUUUGGAAAGGGAAGAAUAAGUCAUUCGGUGGCAAGCGGUAUCAAAACCAUUCCUCAAGAAGGCAUUUCAAGGAGUAUCAAUGAAACUACAGUGCCAAGUCGACGAGAAGGCGAAUGGGAAAUUAUUGAUGAUGAUUUAAGAGGAAAUGAGAAGAGAUCAAGCAUCACCGAUGAUCGCUACAUAAAAAGAACUACAGGAGGAAACGACUUCUUCGAUAGUUGGGAAACUCCUGCUUCGACAGUCACAAUUAAAAAACCGUCGAGGCCGAUUAUAACCGCUGCUAUGAAUGAGCCGUCCGAUGACAGUGCAUUGAAAAAGUUUGCGAAUGCAAGAGCAAUAUCAUCCGAUCAAUAUUUUGGUAGUCCACAAGUAGAUUAUGAGGCGCAGUCCAGGUUGAAUCGUUUCGAAGGUUCAAGUGGAAUAGGCAGCGCUGAUUUGUUUGGUGAUGGCCAAAAUAGUUCAUACGGUAGUGGUUACGUAAGUCAAAUGCCGGAAAUGGCGACAAUCAGAGAUAGUAUGAGGAUGGGUGCUAGCAAAGUAGCUGGAAAGUUAUCGUCUUUGAGUAAUUCCGUUGCGUAUUAUCUUGCGAACAACCAGGAUCGGUACUGA